CAGCUUCCUCAGACCCAACCUGAAACAAGCCAUGGAGAAUUGCAAAAGAUCCUCGUUAAAGCCAUGGAAGAAAGGCCCCACUAGAGGCAAAGGUGGCCCUCUGAAUGCCUCGUGCGAGUACCGAGGUGUUCGACAAAGAACAUGGGGCAAAUGGGUUGCUGAAAUUAGAGAGCCUAAGAAGAGGACUAGACUCUGGUUAGGUUCUUUUGCCACUGCCGAAGAGGCUGCCAUGGCUUAUGAUGAGGCUGCAAGGAGAUUGUAUGGACCAGAUGCUUACCUCAAUCUUCCUCAUCUUCAACCCAACCCCAACCCUCUAAUCAAGUCCCAAAAGUUCAAAUGGUUUCCUUCCAAGAAUUUCAUUUCCAUGUUUCCUUCUUGCGCGUUGCUUAAUAUAAAUGCCCAACCUAGUGUUCAUGUCAUUCAUCAGAGGCUCCAAGAACUUAAGCAAAAUGCGGUUCAAAGCCUAACACCCUCUACCAGCUCAUCUUCAUGCGAUUCAAAAGCUAAAAUCCAGACCAUGAGUGACCAAAUGGAAAACCCAACGGUUAAGAGGAAAGAUGAAGAAAUUUCAUCAGACAAGAUGCUGGGAGCUUGUGAUGAGAAACCACAGAUUGAUCUCAAUGAAUUUCUUCAGCAGUUGGGUAUACUGAAAGACGAGAGACAGUCAGAAUCAACCGAUGCCACACUAAGCUUUGCAGUGCCAGAUGCUGCAUUGAAAGAAUGUGAUGAUGAACUUGGACCUGGAGCCUUCGCCAACAAGAGUUUCAACUGGGAUACAAUGAUCGAGAUGCAUGGGAUUACAGAUCAAGGAGCAGAAGCCGGUAACCUCCAAGUUUGCGACUUUAAUGAAGAGAUCAGUUUCUCUACUUCCAUCUGGAAUUUCUGAGAGGAUCAGCUGCUUUCGGGAAGAAAUAGUAUUUAGCUUUGGUGGAGUUGGAAAUUACUUCGGCUUGAAAUCUACUACCAGUUUCAUCACUCUCACGUACGUAGCAUUUCAAUCUCCUAGACAUCAGUUCACUUUCACUUUUUCUGUGUGUGUGUGAGAGAGAGAUGAGGGAGAGAGAGAGGGCUCAGUUAGAUUUUUAGACGCUGCGAGAAAUUUGUUGUUCUACUUCUUGUGGCUGCGAAACUAAAAUUGGCCUUGGUUUUAACCAAUGGUUAAGGCGAACUGAUCAACACUUUGAUAAUUUUUCCGAUCACUAUAAUGGCCAUCUUUGCAACAACGCAUGUUUUUGCUCGGGUCCUACCCAACUGAGGGAACUUACAGGGAAAAUCUUAGAAGUGGGGGCUUUCAACAUCUUAGAUUAUAAUCGGAAGAAAUUUGGGCAUAAAGAUAAUCACUACAAGGAAGAUUAAACAAAGCAGUUGUAUG